AUGGCUCUCAAACAACUUAAGGACAACAAGACACCGGGUGAGGAUGGAAUUACUGUCGAACUUCUGAAGGCGGGUGGAAAACCAGUCCUUCGGGCCCUCGUCAACAUCAAUGGCGACUACAUAACUCACCUUCGGUUCGCCGAUGAUAUUGUAAUUAUGGCCGAGACCAUGGAGGACCUCAGUACAAUGCUCAAAGACCUCAGUAGAACCUCAGAUCCGAUGAUGACAUAUGGCACUGAGACGUGGUUGCUCACAAUGGGCCUUAUGAGAAAGCUUAAGGUCACCCAAAGAGCAAUGGAGAGGGCUAUGCUCGGAGUUUCUCUGGGAGAUCAAAUCAGAAAUGAGGAGAUUCGCAGGAAAACUAUGGUAACCGACAUAGCCCAAAGAAUUGUGACAUUGAAGUGGCAGUGGACAGGACACAUUGCUCGCAGAACGGAUGGCCGUUGGGGCCAGAAAGUUCUUGAGUGGCGACCGCGACUGGAAGACGUAGCAAAAUUGGAUAAUUAUACCGCUCCUUCAUCUCCUGACGAUGAAAUAAUGGUCGAAAUAGGAGUUCCACAGCAGUCACCAGAACAUAGCCUAGAAGCUGCGGAGUGGUACUGGGGCGAUAUAACAAGAGAUGAAGCCAAUGAAAAACUUCGAGACACUCGUGAUGGAACUUUUCUUGUUCGUAAUGCAUCUAAUAAGGAUAGUGGAUAUACAUUGACAGUCAGGAAAGGUGGUGCAAAUAAGUUGAUCAAAAUAUACCAUCAUGAAGGUCGAUAUGGCUUCCGUGAACCUUUUGAAUUUAAGUCAGUAGUUGAUCUUGUAUGCUAUUACAGUGAAUACUCCCUGGCAACAUGUAACAGUAGUCUAGACAUCAAACUCUUGUAUCCAUUGUCUAGACAUCAAGAAAAUGAAGGAGGUGAAAACAUAAGUGAUGAAACUUUAGCAACUAGGUAUAAAGAGAUACAUAAGAAGUAUAUAUUAAAAACUAGGGAUUACAAUAUAAGAUUUUCUAAAUAUACAAGAUUAAGGGAAGAAGUUACUUUAAAACGACAAGCUUUAGAAGCGUUUAGAGAAGCUGUAAAAAUGUGUGAAGACCACAUUAAACUACAAGAAAAAAUACAAGCAGAAGCACAACCUCAUGAAAAAAAUAUAGUCUUGGAAAAUAACCGACAGCUCAUGGCAAAAUUACAAAGUUUGAAACAAGCCAAGGCUGAACUAAGUGAAAUCCUGAGGACUACAUUAGAAUGCAAUUUAGUUGUCGAAAGAGAUUUAACAAAGUUAAAAUCAGAUGUAGUAAAGCUCUACAAUUUGAAGGAUCGCCACAAAAUGUGGUUGCAAGGGAGAGGGAAAACUGAUGAAUAUUUAAAAGCUUUAGAGGAGAACAAUAUUCAUAAAUUAGAUGAAAUUAAUGCUCAUCGUGAUAUGGACACUUGGAAAGUUAAUUGCACGCGGGAGACAGCUGAAAAACUGCUUGCCGGAAAACCACAGGGCACAUUCCUGAUAAGACCAAAUUCUACAGGACAGUUAGCUCUCUCUAUUGUCUGUAAUAACAUGGUCUAUCAUUGCAUUAUAAAUAAGACUGAAUGUGGAUAUGGUUUUGCUGAACCAUACAAUAUCUACGAAACAUUGAAUGAAUUAGUACUACAUUAUGCAGGAAAUUCAUUGGAGGAGCACAAUGAUCAGUUGAGAACUGAGUUAAAAUACCCAGUUAAUAUGCAUCUGGCAAAAAAACCUGAAAAGAAUUGAGAGUACCAAAGAGAGGAAUGCCAGAGGAUUGUUAAAGAUUUCACAGUGAGCUAUUUUUGUAAGUCUUGCUGUUAUUUUAUGUACCUUGUCUUCUAUUUAGAAAAUAGAAUGACUAGAGUAAGAAUAUAAAAUUUAAUAUUCAUACCUAACUUGGACAUAUUACAUUUUGCUCUCAAAAUAUUUACAUUUUCACCUAAAUGAAAAACAUUAUUUUAUUGAAAUUGUUGAAUGCCCAGGAGGCUGAGCUGUAAAAUAUGAAUAAAUAAAAAAUUAACUUAUUUGAUAAUUGUUUUUUGUCAUUAAAAUGCUACUACCAAUUGUAAACAUUAGUAUACUUAAAAUUUGAAAUGUAAUUUAAAAAAUGUAAUAAGAAUUUGAGCUUGGUCAUUUAAAUAGUUUGCCCAAAAAUUUAGUCAAUCAGGGUACGCAGUGUUGGUAAGGCUAACUUUAAAGCUUUAGUUAUUCUAUUUUUGUUGAUAAAUAAAAGAUCAUCAAACUUGUUUACUAGCAAACAUUAUUUCAUCACUUGUAAAAGUCAGCAACAUAGUUCUGAUUUAUAUAUUUUUUCUAUUAAUUAAUUUUAAUCCCACAAAAAUAUGAUAUAAUUUUUUGGUAGAGAGAAGAGUGUGUUUAACUUACAUAAUUCAAGUACUGUUAAUAUUUGUUUGGUGAAAAUGAAAAUGCUUUAAUACACUACAUACACAUAAGUACAUUAGGAUCUUGAUUUUAUAUUUAUAUUUUUAUAAUUAAAAAAAAGAUCGAAUUGAUCUAUUUUGUAAUUUAAGGAUUUUCGUCAAUUUGAUGUCUAAUUUAAUAAUAUUGCAAAUAAAUGUAAUACAUAUUAGGUAUGUAGUAGUUUUGAUACUAAUAUUUGUUUUUCGAAUUGAAUGUUUUUAUAAACAAAUUCCAUUUCACAUUUGGUAACAAUUUAAUAUCUUGUGUGAAGAGAGAUCGUCUUUGAUCAACAAAAUAACGAAUGAACGAUAUCUAAAAUUUAUCAAGACUCGGAAAAAGAAUAUUGGUCACUUUGUUCUAAGUAGCAAAUUUUAAUUAUUUGACCUUAGACAUUUUGGGGAAACUAAUGAGCCUUGCAAUUAGUAUUAUUAUUAAGUGCAAGACGGUCCCCUGCAAUAAAAAUGUAAUUCUGAAUCAAGAAUUAAACAGUUUCGGUUCCAUUGAAAAAGUCGAUUUGUAGAUUUGUUGAUAUGUAUACUCGCCGGCACGUAAGUUGGCAAGGUUUUGACGUAGUGGAGGUAAGGUCGCGCAUAGUGCACUUGAUGCAACAAAAAAUUGUCACUUUUGUUGCCCACAUUAUUCUACGGUUAUUGCCAUAAUUUCUUUUUAAUCAUAUCUGUUUAGCAGAAAGUUAAAAAAAAAAAGAGGAAUUCGUGAAGUUUAUUAGGUGUUAUCAAUAAAAUACGAUUAA